CACAACAUCAUGGUCAUCCUCCACUCUCGCCAAAUCUCCCACAAACCACGAAGAUGGAAUCCGUAGCAAGACCUUUCCUCUUCCUUUGUUUCGCCCUCUUCCUCCUCUCCCCAUGCCGCUCCGACCCCGAUCCCCUCCAGGACUUCUGCGUUGCCAACCUUCAAACCAGCGACGUAACGGUCGAUGGAUUCCCAUGCAAACAAACCUCCAGCGUCGUCUCCGACGACUUCUUCUCCAGAGCGCUUUCGAAAGGACGCAGCACAGACAACAUUCUCAGCUUCAACGUGACCUCUGCAAAUGUCCUCAGCUUCCCAGGCCUCAACACACUUGGGCUCUCUAUGAACCGAGUCGACUUCGCCCCGGGAGGUCUCAACCCCCCUCACUCCCACCCCCGUGCCACCGAGCUUGGGCUCGUUCUUCAGGGUCAGCUGCUGGUGGGAUUCAUCAGCACGAGCAACGUAUUCUACUCUAAAAUUGUGAAUGAAGGUGAGAAUUUCGUGAUUCCCAGGGGACUCGUUCACUUCCAGUACAACGUGGGGAAGGAGAAGGCGCUGGCGAUCACGACAUUCAAUAGCCAGCUGCCUGGGGUUGUCGUUGCUUCGCUCACUCUCUUUGGAUCGAAGCCUGCAAUACCGAGCGAGGUGCUGGCCAAGGCUUUCCAGGUUGAUCAGCAGGUUGUUAAUCAGAUAACGUCCAAAUUUGGAAACUAGGCUGCUUCCUCGGUUCCCCUCCAAUAAAUUAUAUUUAGUACUGCUUAACGUAAUCUUCUGAUUGUGUCUUUAUGUUAUUCCUUUCGUUGUUGUUUAUUGCUGAUUGCUCUUCUUCGUUGGAGGAUAAAGUACUCAUCGAUUGCUUUGUUGCCUCAUGGCAUUCCACCAAUUCUCCUAUUUGUUACCAAAUAUUGUUAAUUUAAAUAUAUGGAUUUGUUAUCUUCA